AUGCAGAAUGUCCAGGAAGAUGCCGCCGUUCACCAGCACAAUCACCUAGACUUCCACCUUCUCAAAUCGAGACAGCACCUUGGGGUGAGAGCGCUCGCUCCGGGCUCUCCCAACCAGGACACCACGACUCACACAGACAACACCCCAAGUCAGGAUACUUCCCCUGUAUCCCAGGAGAAUACUUCCCCAACUCAGCCAGACACCCCAGCCGAUCAGCUCAUUGAUGAGCUUGACAAGCUAUACGGGGAGUCAAUUGGUACCGGAUCUUGCGACGAUUGGGCUGGCAAUCCAGACGGCAAGGUAUGCCAAAAACAACAGCCGCAGCCCAGUCAACAACCGGCGCAGAACCAGCAACAAUCUCCAGCUGGUCAAACCCCUCCAAAUCCGGCCCCAAAGCAUGUGAAGAUAGUAGAUGAGACAGUGAUUGUGGUGGUCACUAAGACAAUCGGAGACUCGCCUCCACCUUCUUCACCAGCCAGCUCUUCGUCUUCAUCUUCCUUGCCGCCAUCACCAGCUGUACCCCCCACUCAGCAGAAGCAAGACACUGCUCCGAAACCGGCGCAGCCGCAACCACCAGUCCAGCCCAAGCCUCAACCACAACCACAGCCGCAGCCACAACAGGCUGCUAAACAAGAACAACCAAAGCCUCAACCCCAGCCUCAACCUCAAGAAGCUCCAAAGCAGGAGCCAACAAAGCCACAACCGCAGGCGUCUCCUCAGACCCAAGCGAAGCCACAACCCACAAAGGAACAACCUCCAGCGGACAACCCUUCGGGCUCCGGUGUCAACACCGAUGGGCUGCCCAAGGAUUUUGUGGAUAAUCUGGACUGCAACGAUGAUAUCUUCAAGGGUUUGUCCAAAUUGCACCACGACAUCCAUCGUACGAAUCACUCGCUUCCUUUGCUUGUCUGGAAUGACACGUUGUUUGAAUAUGCCAAGGAAACGGCGGAGAGUUGUAUUUAUGGGCACAGCCUGGCACCGGGUGGUGGGGGGUAUGGCCAAAACAUUGCGUCUGGAAAUGCUCCCGGCAAUAUCUCCGCAGUCCUUACCAACGGCUUUUACAAUGCAGAGAUCGAAUUGUUCAAGGAAGCUAUUGCAGGUGAGUGGGGUACCAAUGAACCAGCAAUGAAUAACUUCGAGGAAUGGGGCCACUUUACGCAAAUUGUUUGGGAAGGCACCACCUCAUUCGCCUGUUACACCGCAACAUGUUCUCCACCAGGUGCCGACCCUCUUCAAUGCAAUCCCGCAACAGGUGCAUCAUACUUGAAGAAUGUAGGGUGUGGCAAUGGAGGUACUAAGGCGUAUAACACGUCGGGCUGUGGGGGUAACUUCUUGUCAGGCCAGUUGCCCACGUGGAAUAAAGAGAGCAGUGCUUUCAAAGCAACGACGGAUGCUUGA